AUUGCCGAUCGGUAGUGGUUUCGCCUAUAAUAUUUCUUAUUUCCUCCAUGCAAGACACCAACCGUGCUCGAUUUUCUUCGUCCAGUUGAGGCAUUUGAUAGCACUGCAAGGAGACAAUUUAUAAAUCGUAUUAUAAAGUUGAAAUUAAAAUGCCACCGAAGAAAGAUUCUAAAAGUAAUGCAAAGGCUGCCCCAGCCAAAGGUGCCGGUGGGAAAAAAGCUGCAGCCGGUGGCGGAGAUGAUGGUGCAAAAGAAAAAAAGGGUGGUACUGCCGUCAAGGUUCGCCAUAUUCUGUGCGAGAAACAAGGAAAAAUUUUGGAAGCAUUAGAAAAACUGAAAGAAGGACAGAAUUUCAAUGUUGUUGCAACUAACUAUAGCGAAGAUAAAGCUCGUCAAGGGGGUGAUCUUGGAUGGCAGGUUCGUGGAGCGAUGGUUGGUCCAUUCCAAGAUGCUGCGUUUGCGCUACCAAUUUCCACAAUAAAUGCACCGAAAUAUACAGAUCCGCCAAUUAAAACAAAAUUUGGAUAUCACAUUAUAAUGGUUGAGGGCAAGAAGUAAAGAAUAAUGAUGCUUUAUUAUCUCUUGUGCGCAAAUUCUAGGCAUGGUUUAGAAGCAUUUUUUCAAAGGAUUUCUUCGGUUAUUUUCGACCGAUUUGAUCCAUUCACCAGUCCGGUAGAAACAGUAUGCCACAACAUAAAGUACCAAGUAAUUGCUAAGGUUUUCGUAAUAUGUCCUCCUUAUAUAGAUGUAACCGACUUCUUCUCGAGCGAAAAAGAAAAAGUUGGACAACACAGACAAAAUAAACACAUGUGUUCCUACAA